CAAAUACUACUCGGUUCGCAUGGCUUAACUGCGUGCAAAUUCAAUCGUGGGGAAUUCCGGUCAUGUAGGCAAAGUCAAAGUUGCGCUUUUAACGAAUUAUUCAAGAUUCUACAGCGUUCUUAGUUUCCCGAAAUUUUCAAGAAAUUCCAACAAAUUUACACUUUGUACCGAGGAAAUUUGAAUGUUUACUCUGAGGUCUGACUAUGCUUCCAUUAUUGUGACUGACCGGACAAGCAGCAGCAGCGAGUCGCCGUCGUUGUCGCCUCCAUUUGCGUCUGUAUUUACUAUGUUCGAUGCGGAAUUAGAGUUCCUGCUGUGGCGCGAUGUUUGAAUUCAGUGGUCGGCGGUUUCACUCCACAACGUUACAGUGUUUUAUUAGAUUGACGCUAGACACGAUCGCGUUAUUUCCUCAGAUUUAGAAUUUUCGCAGUUCCGAGUGUCCAUUUUGUUGAUUGAAACGUGUCCAGUGCUGCCGGAUCACCACCCCCCGGAAAUCAUGUCCUCGAAGGAUUAUUUUGGCGCAACGGACACUGCAUACGAGGUUGCUGUUGCCAUGAAACUGCCAGCUCCAGUUGUCGUCUCACCACCAAGACAAAACGGUGUUCAUCAUCAUCAGCACCAUCAGCACCAUCAGCAGCAAUCACCACAAUCGGUCGUAAAGAGUUGCAACGGCGACACCCACACACGAACAGAUACUUUCGACAGGGGCACUAACGAAGCAGCUACUGAUCCUGGCGCGGUUGCUGGAGGAUCAAUCCUAUCGAUAUCUUCAUCGCCAUCGGUAAUAUCAACAUCGUUAUCAGGGGUGGACGGAUCAGUUCUGCGAUCACCCUCAUCGGCAACGGUUGUUCUAGACCCGGCAUCUUCGGAGAACGAAUCAACAGCGACUUCACUUACGAUCAUUGGAUCGACACCGGUAUCAGUAGCAGCGACAUCUGUGAUCGAAAGUACGGGCGUGCAUUGUAGUGAUCGUGAAAACAAUAAUAAAGAUAAUACUAGCAGGAAUAACCACCAUCCUCAGCACAGUGUGAACAGUGAAAGCAAUAACGAAAGCAAUCUUCUUCUUUUAACUAACAACAACUCAGUGACUACAGAUAAUAACGGAGUGAUCCUGCCGAUCGGUUACCGCGGCUCCAAUAACACGGUGAUCAUAUCAAAUCGGUCAAGUAAUCGUUAUAUCGAACUAGUAGGAGGCAAUAACCACAGUGCUGACCAUAACAGUGUUCCUCAGCAUCAAUCUAACAGUUCGCCGAUUCGUUAUAGUACCUUAUCCACGAUUGUCCCGGCAAACGGUGAAGAUCACGAACAAUACUUGAAUUUGAAUUGUUGCAACAAUCCCCACGAUCUAUCACUUCACAAGGACUCUGAAAAGAAACCUGGCGACUACGAUACCUAUGUCCCCCAUGGUCACCAGCAUCAACCAGUAAUCUUGCAUCACGACCCCCAUCAUCAACAUCCUACUCAAGAUCAUCAUCAUCACCAACCACUGAACACAAUCAACAUGCGUAGCGGAGUCGCUCUUUAUACAGCUUAUAGCGAACCCCUUCAUGGGUCAUCUGUGCAUAAUAGCACCCAAGUUACUCAGACCAUUCAUGAGAUUAUUGAGGAUACGUUGAAGGACGAGAAUUGUUCACUGAAUGACCAUCAUUUGGGUGGUCAUGGCGAGGAAACUACCAAUUAUUUGACUCUAACCACACCCGCCGACUUAAAUCAGUUGAAGGAUGCUGCGUAUCAUAAUAAUAAUUCGACAAGCAGCGGGGGAGAGUCACGUAGCCCUUCGGGAUUAUCACAUGACGAUGUUGGUUUGCAAAGCUUCACGCAACUGAGUAAUGUAACGCAACGAGGGAAUGUGUAUACAACAGGGAAUGUGGAUCAGGGGAUAAUACAAGGAGGGAAUAGUUAUGAGACGCUUGCAACGUUCCCAGCCAGUUCAAUAUAUCAUAGACCACAAUUCUCAACCGCUAGCGGAGCAAUGCAAUAUUUCAACAGUAGUCCAACACAUGACGGCUCACAUAUGUGGUCUGGGGUUUCGUCCUCUCUGCCAUCCGAUGAUUAUGAUAGCCCGAAGAGUGGCGGUGGAGCGUUACCUGCUUUUACUAGGAUUACGGGUAGUGCCAAUAACUAUGCAGGAUCAGCCAGAUCAAAUCACUAUACAUCAUUAUCGAAUUAUCGUGGCCAGAAUGAGUCAUGGCAAAGUCCUUAUGAGACUAGUCCAAUCACAUACUCAGCAAGCGUUGUGUCAGCGAGCGAAGCAGGUAGGACGCGUUCUGCUGAUACUGUACAUUCUGCUGCAGCAUCACUAUCAGCCACAUUUUUCGAAGCUGAUAUUUAUACGGAGGGCCGAGAAUGUGUCAAUUGUGGUGCAAUUUCAACACCACUUUGGCGCCGUGACAAUACCGGACAUUAUUUAUGCAAUGCAUGCGGCCUCUAUCACAAAAUGAACGGCAUGAACCGACCAUUAGUUAAACAACCCAGACGAUUGAGUGCAUCUAGACGAGUUGGGUUGUCUUGCUCGAACUGCCAUACCAGACACACAUCACUGUGGCGACGAAACCCACAUGGCGAACCAGUUUGUAACGCCUGCGGCCUCUAUUUCAAGUUGCACAAUGUUCAGCGACCAUUAGCUAUGAAAAAAGAUACAAUUCAGACAAGAAAACGAAAACCAAAAGGUAGUAAGAACUUUUCGGAGAAUUCGAAGAAAAAUGCGUCAUCAUCGUCGUCUUCCACAGCCCAAACACAACAGAAUGUUCUUCAAGAUGCCUCAAAAGAUCUUCGGAUGCUAACUUCAUCAAUUCAACACACAAGCUCUCUCCAACAUUCCAACAACUCAAUAUCUACUACUCAAUCAUCAAUACAAACGGCGACAAAUAACACAACGCCACCACCACAUUCCUCACAGCAGAAUCUUUCCCCAAUUCACCAAUCACAGAAUCUCUCUCCGCUUCACUACUCAACACCUCUCAUGACCGCCACAAAUCUUUCACCAGCUUCACCAACAAAUAGCAAUAAUAACAACAAUAAUAAUAGCCCGACUAUAAAAUACAUGCAGAAAUAUAUGUCACCAACGCAUCAACUGACCCAACAGCAACAUCAAUCAGCACAAAUGUUCCACCACUCGAAUGUCUCCUCACCUGCCGAUCAACCACAAUUCCUUGCUGAUGGUUCACCAACAUAUAGCCCGGUUCAAUCGCCCAGUUACCUCUACGAUGCCCUGGCUGGAAAUGGUGAACAUGAUAUGAUCAAGUUGGAGCAUAUGCAACGCACUCAUCAUAACUCCAGCAGCAGAAGUCCAUCACUGGACAAAGACCAAGAUCAUCAACAACAACACCAAAGCUUUCAACAACAACACCAUUUACAUCACAAUGGAAGCGAUGCGAUGAGCCUCCAUGAUAUUGAGCAUAUGCGGAAACACACCGUUGUUAAGAUGGAAUAACAUUUAAGAUUAGCAUUAACAUUUUCUAAUCCAUACCAACGAAGUACUCACUAGGAAUUGAUAUACACAUAAAUUGGAAGGUUGGGGACGCCAUAUUUAUUGAUUGGUGUGAAAGUAGGUAUUUCUGUGAAGCCUACAUUUAAAUCUAUGUAAAGUUUUGGAAAAUCUCAUGUUCGAGAAAGGAAAUUUGCACAGCAAACUCAGUUCUUUUCUUCGAAUUAGGAACAACUUGUAAAUGAUUAUUACCGAAGGUCCUCCAUUUUUAAGAACCAAACCAUUUUGAAUGUGACAAAUUAAUGUUAUACGAAGAUCUCUGAAAAUUAAAACAAAAAACAAGAAACAUCAACGCAAGUGCAUAGAUCAUUAUAUUAUCUAUACUAGCUAAAACUAAACCUAAAAUUAUAUGAUCAAAUUUUAAAUUUAUUUAAUCGUCAAGAACGGUCGCACCAAUAUCCCUAAAGUAAAAUAGUUUCGAUGCAAAAAAGAUCAUAAAGACAAGGAUUUAAGCCAUGACAAUUCAAAAUUUGUUUUAGAUUAGACACUCUACAUAAUAACACACGAUAAAUACUAUAGGUAAAUUCAAAUUAACUGUAAAUUACAUUACUCUUUAAUGAUGGAGAUAUAGAUUUCCAUAAAGUUUGUAAAUAUUAGGAUGGUAAGAUUGUUUUCAUUUAAUAUUAUUUUUAUGAUGAAACUUGUUUCAUCUCAAUAACGUUUUUCUUAGCCAGUAACAAUAGUGCGAACAUGAUAAGUUUUAUAAAUAAAUUCUCUUCUAUUUGAUGUAA